AUGUCGCGACUGCUCAAUGUCCUACCACGACGGUCGCAGAAGUCGACCUUCGUCUGCAGAUCAUGCUUUGAUCGGCUAGCCACUCAGGCCAGCCGUCACUUCGAAACCUCCUCCGGCGCAUUUACCUUUCUAAACACAGUCAAGACCUUCUCGACAACCGCCAACCGCCUGGCCAAGGGACACUCGACUCGUGAGCUUCUUCCUUCUGGCCCAGCACGAACACGUUUUGCUCCUUCCCCCACUGGCUAUCUCCAUCUUGGUUCACUACGUACCGCUCUCUUCAAUUACCUGCUCGCCAAAAGAACUGGAGGCCAAUUCUUGCUCAGGAUAGAGGAUACAGAUCAGGUGAGCGCCGUCUUAUCAGCCCAUCAAUACUCGGGAGCUGAUGGGAGAAGANAAAGGCUGGUCCCUGAUGCCGAACAAAGGCUGUGCGACGACCUGCGAUGGGCUGGCAUCCAAUGGGAUGAGGGUCCACAAGUCGGUGGUCCAUACGGUCCUUACAAGCAGUCUGAAAGAACCNCCCUAUACCAGAAACACGCCCAGGAACUCGUCGACUCAAAGGCCGCCUUCAGAUGCUUCUGCAGCUCCACAGCCCAAGCCCCUGUUGAUGUCGAUGCUUCGCUAGUCGGAUCUACCAUUGGCGGCUGCCAUAGCGAUUGUGCCAGCAUCCCUCUGGAGCAUUCGGCCGAAAGAGCACGCAACGAGAAACACGCCGUCCGAUUCGCCAAGCCCGACAAGGCCCCCAGCUGGUCUGAUCUUGUCUAUGGCAAAGUCUCGCUCGAGUCCAAAAAGACGCUACCACAAAGAGCUGCUGUCGAAGGUGUUAUCCUCCUCAAAGGCGACGGGACCCCCACAUAUCACCUCGCCAACGUCAUCGACGACCACUACAUGAAAAUCACACAUGUCAUUCGUGGUACUGAAUGGAUGUCUUCAACACCUCUACACGCCGCUCUGUAUAACGCUUUCGGCUGGACACCACCGGCUUUCGCCCAUGUGGGUUUGCUCACUGACAAGGAUCAAGCAAAGCUCUCGAAGCGCAAUUUCGAUACAGAUAUCGGAGCUCUCAAGACAAAGCACGGUAUCUUGCCCGAGAGUCUGGCCAACUUCCUUGCCCUGCUGGGCUGGCGCAAUCCUACUCGCGAUGACGUCUUGGAGAUGCACAAGCUGGUUGAACUAUUCGACCUGAAGUUUACAAAAGGCAACUCGAUUGUUUCGUUCGACAAACUGUGGUACCUACAGAAGAACCAUGCAAAGAUCAUCAUCGAAUGCGCAAUGCAAUCUUCAACGUCAGAUCCUUCGUUUGAGACUUUGAUCGGUUUGAUCGAGUCAGCCGCGAGGACUGCUUAUCCUACAUCAGAAGCGGUAAUGGGAGGCCUGGAUCUGAAAACACACAUCAUGAACAUCCUCUUCAUCGACGCCAAAACUUACGAGAAUCCAACAUCAUACGUAGAGCGAAAUGCCUACUUCUUCACCACUCUACCGCCAGUCUCACCAUCAACCGAAUCCUCGAUUCCCACAUCGGACCUUCAUGACGCGACUAUGGAAAUCAUGUCCCAUGUCAACACCGCCAGCGUAUCACCGAAAACAUCCUCCGACUAUGCGCAAGUAAAACAGCAUUUGGAUACCGCAAUAGAAGAGUACGCCAGUGCGAUUGGGGAUAUGUGUCAAUCUCGCGCGACAGUAGACGGACAAGUGGAGAAAGAAAAGUUAAAGGAAUGGAGCAAGUCACUGCAUCGCUAUCUGCGGGAAAAGCUAUGCUUUGGACGACCAGGGCCAGGAAGCUCACAAGUCAUGGCUGUGCUUGGCUACGACGAGUGUAUGAAGCGACUCGAGAUGUAA